UUUCGUAUAGUUAAAUGGGAUUUAUAAGCGGCAUUCGCCAAUGCUCCUGUCAACUCUCCCGUCAAAACUCUGUAGUCUGUACUGACUGUACCCCGCUCAUUGAUAAAUCGUCCUUCCAUCGCCAUUGUUACUUCUUUCAUUUCACUGCCUAUUCUCUUCACAAUAUCCCAAGUAUAAGUUUCGCUAUAAAUAGAUAUGGCACCGAAGAAGAAGAAGCCUCAAUCAUCCUCAUCCAAAGGCAAAGCUUCUUCUUCUUCCACUGGUCCCAAAUUGCAAAUAUCUGCCGAGAACGAGAACCGGCUCCGACGGCUGUUGCUUUAUUCCGGCCGAUCUACACAAUCUCCGGCUCCAACUCCGGCAGAGGAUGCUCUCUCUAAAGCACAGAAGGCCAAGAAACUUCGUUCUAUUUACGAAAAGCUUUCUUGCGAGGGCUUUUCCGACGAUCAAAUCGAACGCGCUUUAUCCGCUCUCAAGGUACUAAUCAAGAAAAUGUCUCCACUUACAAAUAAUUUUUUGUAUAUGAUUACGAAGGAGAGAGCUACGUUUGAAGCUGCUUUAGAUUGGCUAUGCUUGAAUUUGCGAGGGAAUGAGCUUCCUCUGAAGUUUUCCAGUGGUACUUCUCAAUUGAAUGAAGGUUCUGUUGGUAUCAUAUCAACUGCCCGAGAAGAUUGGGUUCCUUCAGCAGAUUCAUCUGUGGCAGAAGUUAAAGAUGAGAGAAAACCUGAAGUUUCAGUUGUGCCAAAGGGUCGAAGUGAUAGUGAAUCUCUACGAACAGUCGAACGUGCACAAGCAGAUUGGAUCCGUCAGUAUAUGGAACAACAGGAAGAGGAUGAAGCUGAAAGUUGGGAAUCUGGUUUGUUUGACGAUGGUUCUCUAGAGCAGGUCUCGCGAAAAAGGCGUAGUGUUGAGUCUAUUGUCCAAGAAUUUCAUAAUGCGAGGCUGGAAGCUAUUCAUGCAAAAGAGCGUGGUGACAAAAAGAGCCAUGAACAAGUUAGCAGAACCAUUCGAAGGAUCAAGCAGGAGAUAUCUGCUCUAGGACUACCGGAUGAUAUCCUGGAAUCUGCACAUGAAAGUGCUUCCGACCAUGCAGUGUUGGACACAUCUUCAGAGAAGCUUGAUGUUGAUAAUGUUCCUUCACACAAUUUCAGAACGUCUCAUGAACAGGAGAUCGGAAUUGAUGAAAAGGUGGUUGUCAAUAGCAGCUCCAAUGAGUUCACUGAAAACAGUCCAUCAAGUGGUCCUAUAGAUGAUAAGGUGGCUCCAGGAGGAGAAGCAGAAGACGUAGAGCUUGGUGAUUUCUUAUUUGAAGAAGUUUCCUCUGCUGAUGUGUCAUCUACGAUACUAGAACUGCAGAAGAAAGAAAAGAUGAGAGAAUUAUGUAGUCAGAAAAACUUAGAGAAGUUAGAAGGUAUAUGGAAAAAGGGAGAUCCACAAAAGAUUCCAAAGGCUUUUCUUCACCAACUUUGUCAAAGAUCAGGGUGGGAGGCACCAAAAUAUGCGAAAAUAUCUGGAAAAGGAAAUAAUUCACAUUACACUGUUAGUAUAAUGCGCAAAGCCAGUGGGAGGGGUAAGAGCAGAAAAGCUGGAGGUCUAGUAACAAUCGAGCUUCCUAGUCAGGAUCAUACUUCUUCUACUACUGAGGAUGCACAAAACAGAGUUGCAGCCUAUGCUCUCCAUCGCUUGUUUCCAGAUCUCCCAGUUCACAUGCCAAUUACCGAGCCAUAUGCAUCACUUAUUUUGCAGUGGGAGGAAGGUGAUUCCGUGAUAGAUAUAGUGGAUGAUCAAGUGGAACGAAGGACCUAUUUCGUGGAUUCAUUACUAGAUGCCAGCGGUUCUGGAAACAUAACUCAUUGUGAUGUCUCCAAUAAUGCUAGCGAAGAAAAGUUUUUAGAGCCUCACGCCACUGAAGAUAAAACAGCGAUUGCUGAUUUUGCAGACAGUAAUCCAAGUAAAGAAGCAGAAAGUUUCUCUCUGAAAAAGGAGCAAGAGGGUAGAAAGAAGUUAAAGAAGUACCAGGAAAUGUUGAAAUCACGGGCUGGCCUUCCUAUUGCUGACUUAAAAGGCAAGAUUCUGCAUUCACUGGAGGAGAAUGAUGUUUUGGUCAUUUGUGGGGAAACAGGUUGUGGGAAAACAACUCAGGUCCCUCAAUUUAUACUGGAUGACAUGAUUGAAUCAGGACGUGGGGGACAUUGUAACAUUAUAUGCACACAACCAAGGAGAAUCGCGGCUAUUUCAGUGGCUGAAAGAGUUGCUGAUGAGCGUUGUGAAUCUUCACCAGGUUCGAGUGACUCCUUGGUUGGUUACCAAGUUCGCCUCGAUAGUGCAAGGAAUGAGAGAACAAAGCUCCUCUUUUGUACAACUGGCAUUCUUUUGAGAAUGUUUUCAGGAAAUAAAAACUUGGCUGGUGUUAGUCAUAUCAUUGUUGAUGAAGUGCAUGAGAGGUCUCUUCUGGGUGAUUUUCUGCUCAUUGUCUUGAAGAGUCUCAUCCAGAAGCAAUCUGCCCUUUGUACGGCAAAACUGAAAGUUAUACUCAUGUCUGCAACAGUAGAUUCACAUUUGUUUUCUCAUUACUUCGGUCACUGCCCUGUAAUUACUGCUCAAGGACGAACACAUCCUGUUUCAACUUAUUUUCUCGAGGAUAUUUAUGAGAGUACCAACUACCGCCUUGCAUCCGAUUCUCCCGCUUCUUUGAGCUAUGGGAUAUCUACUAGGGAAAAGAAUGCUCCUAUUGGCAAUCACAGGGGGAAGAAGAACCUUGUCCUAUCUGGAUGGGGUGAUGAAUCGUUGCUCUCUGAAGAAUACAUAAAUCCCUAUUAUGAUCCCAGUAAUUAUCAAAACUACAGCGAACAAACUCAAAAGAAUUUGAGGAAAUUGAAUGAAGAAAUUAUUGAUUAUGAUCUUCUCGAAGACCUGGUAUGCUACAUUGAUGAAACAUACCCUGAGGGUUCUAUACUGGUUUUCUUACCGGGGGUUGGGGAAAUACAUACCUUAUAUGAUAGACUGUCUGUCUCCUUCCAGUUUAGUGGACAAUCUUCUGAAUGGAUUCUUCCUUUGCAUUCUUCUGUAGCAUCCGAGGAUCAGAAAAAAGUGUUUAUGAGACCUCCAGAAAACAUCCGUAAGGUUAUAAUAGCUACAAAUAUUGCAGAGACUAGCAUAACCAUAGAUGAUGUAGUUUAUGUGGUAGACUGUGGAAAGCACAAAGAAAAUCGCUAUAAUCCAAAGAAGAAAUUGUCAAGCAUGGUUGAAGAUUGGAUAUCUCAAGCAAAUGCAAGGCAACGUCGAGGCAGAGCUGGACGUGUAAAGCCAGGAAUCUGCUUUUGUCUCUAUACUUCUUACCGAUAUGAGAAGCUCAUGCGACCUUACCAGAUCCCGGAGAUGCUGCGAAUGCCUUUGGUAGAAUUGUGCUUACAAAUCAAACUGCUAUCACUUGGAAGCAUAAAGCUAUUUUUGUCUAUGGCCCUUGAACCUCCAAAGGAUGAGGCUAUUGCGUCAGCAAUUUCUUUAUUGUAUGAGGUUGGUGCCGUUGAAGGGGAUGAAGAGUUAACUCCUCUCGGGUAUCAUUUGGCGAGACUUCCUGUUGAUGUGUUGGUUGGAAAGAUGCUGUUAUAUGGUGGAGUAUUUGGCUGCUUGUCGCCAAUUCUAUCUAUUUCAGCCUUCCUCAGCUACAAGUCUCCAUUUGUUUAUCCAAAAGAUGAGAGGCAAAAUGAAAGAGCAAAGUUGGCACUUUUGAGUGAUAAGCUUGGUGGUGAAACUGACUCUGGCAGUGGUAACUGGCAAUCUGACCAUCUCCUAAUGAUGGUAGCGUAUAAAAAGUGGGAGAAAAUUUUGCGGGAGAAUGGAGUCAAAGCAGCAAAGCAGUUUUGCAGCUCAUAUUUCUUAAGCAGUUCUGUCAUGUAUAUGAUAAGAGACAUGAGAAUACAAUUUGGAACAUUGUUAGCUGACAUUGGAUUCAUCAACAUCCCAAAAAAGUCGGAGAUAUUUAAAAUGAAGGGAACAAUACAGCAGGAGGUAUCUUGAGGGCAAUGUUAGACCAUGUUUACUUCAAAAAAGGUUGGGAUGUUAAGGAUCUUAGGAACUGCAGUUGUAUGCACAUUCCUAGCUGACUAUCGCAUAGAUAAGCUGCAGAACUUUUAAACAACUUGCAUUUUGGGUUCAUGAUUGCAACUUCUAAUUAUGUUGCAGUGUGUACUGCGUAUGA